CGCCCGUGACGGAGUGGGAUGUAGGUCACUGCGAUGUGGAAAAGGAGACAGGCAGUGGGCAAUGGAGGGGAAUGUGGAGAAGGCUUUGGUUAUGACAUUGUGUCUGAGCGCCUGCAUGCGCCGCAGCCUGCCAGUGGCAGCCCAGAGGAAGUGUUUAGCCCCUGGAAGCCGGGCCCCCGCUGGGAUGACAAUAAAGGUGAUGCUGUUCCCUUCCAUCUAUCAAAGAUGAAUAACUGCUACUGCUUCUCCUUCUCUAUCGCUCUCGCUCUUCUGCCUCUCUCACUCGCGCUCCGGCUCGCUCCCCUCAUCUCUCGUUGCCGACCUUCUCGGUUGCUUUCUCUGCAUUCCUCUUUUUCUUCUUUUUCUUUCUUUUUCCUGCUUCUUUUUCUAUCCCCUUUUCGUUGCUCAUUUCCGUUUCUGCUUUUUAGUUCUGUUUUCUGUCUCAUUUUUUACGGUUACUGAAACCACCCGGCAUGUUUACAUCGGCACCAACGUAAGUGACACAGCAUUUGCCCUUCCGUAUUUUCAUGCAGAGAUUUGUCACUGCAUGUUGGUAAAGUUUCUUACAUGGCGGUUCCCAGUUCUUUGUCCUGAAAGGUGCUACACUUCCCUUGUUUAAGUCGGAGGUGUCAGUGCGCUCACACUAAAUGCUCUACCACAGAUCAGCACGACAGUGAUUGAUGGUUUGACGGGGUAAUCACCCAGACCGGUGUGGUCCUUAACACACUGCGAACACGAGGAACGAAGCAGUCCUACUCCACACCGGGAACAUGUAUAUAUUCGAGGCCCCCGUGACGUGUAAAGGCACGGCCUCUGCUAUGCUCGACGUGCUCUGCAUGUUCUCCAUAGCUGGUCCACGUCUCAUCGCGGCACUGAUCACAACACCGGGACUCGUGCUGUGUGAGGUCAGACAUGCUCGGUGUAACCGUAGACACCGACGUCUGAUAUAUCCGUGGCGGUAAGCACCCCAUAGCCCCCUGAGACCCGCAACGAUGAGGAACUCUAGCCGGGGGUCCAUUAAGUAAGAAGAGAGGCGGCAAUGUUCUGUGUACCGUACGCCAGACUGUUUUCCUUGUCUGUAACUUUAUCUUUGAUCGGGAUGAUAGCGCCAAAAUGACUUCCUGUUCCGUGUUCUUUCUGAUGAGAAUGUUGUGUUUUUUUGUUGCUGCCUCUUUUGUAUCGUUCUUUUGUAUCUGUCUCAACCUCUUGGCCUGGUUAUGCUCACAAAGGACUCUUAUUGGCUGUUAUGGGCCGUAUCUGUAGUAGUUAAACACUCUGCGAUGACUUGAAAUGACCUAAUGCUGCUUCUGCCUUCGGGAAUCUGUCUGGUAGAAAGAAUAUCCAGCUCUGCAAAUGAAUAUGUCUUAUUGAAGGGUCCUUUCGCAUGCUGUAAAGCCCAUGGACACAUACAAACAGUAGAAGUGUCUGUGCAGGCGUGCAGGCCAGGCCUCCUAGCCCAGCGGAGCUGUCUCUGUGUGUGAGCAGCAGGGGUGGACCAGCUCCCCGGGGCCUCUAUGUGAGUCUGGCCUGGUGAUGAGGUCCAACAUGUGGCGGCGGCUGGCGCUGGUGCUGAUCCUGGCGUGGGCCCUCCUUUUCCUGGCGCUCCUCUCCUACUUCCUGGACGCCCGCGUCGACGAACCAAUGGCCUCCGCCGGCUCCUCGCUCUCCAUGCACCCCGACACCCGCCGCCUGUCGUCCAUCCAGGCCUCCCACCACCACCAUCAGCAGCAGCAGCAGGCGGUCACGGGUUCGAGACCCAACCCGACGGCCAUGCGCGCCCUGGAGCCGGAGCCGGAGCCCCCCGCCGCCACCGCCUCGCCGGCCCCGCGCUCCGGCCUGGAGACGGGCCAGAACCCGAGCGGCGGCCCCUACGCCAUGUACGCCAGCCAGGAGGCCAACCGGGGCGUGGACUACCUGGACCCCCAGAGCCUGGCCGCCUGGUCCUCCUUCGGCACGGAGAACGUGGGCUCCCAGUCCUACCCGGGCACCCACAGCCGCGAGAGGACGCCCAGCGGACCCCCGGAGAGCCGCGGGCGAGGCGUCGAGGAGGCGGAGGAGGUGGGGCAGGAGGAGGAGGAGCAGGAGCAGGAGCAGGAGCAGGAGCAGGAGGAGGCGGAUGACCGAAAGAGGAACAGGCCCGGGGGGGACUCGACAGACCCGGAGGAGUACUACUUCCUCAAGUUCGGCUCUGUGGUGCAGCGGUUGUGGCGGGGUCGCGUGUCGCCCGGCAUGCUGAGUCCGCGGCUGCAGCGCGCCAUGAAGGACUACCUCAGCGCCAACAAGCACCACGUGGCCUUCAAGGGCCAGCGCCGGCUGGGCCAGAGCCCCAAGGAGCUGCUGUGCGAGCUGAAGGCGCAGGCCCGGCUCUGGACGCUGGAUGGCUCGGAGCAGCCCUUCUCGUCGCUGGGCUGGGCCCGCCUGGUGCCUGAGCUCAGCCUGGAGCAGCUCUACCGACGGCCGGGCGUCGGCGGCUUCAAGACCUGCGCCGUGGUCACCUCGGCCGGGGCCAUCCUGCACUCGGGGCUCGGCAAGGAGAUCGACAGCCACGACGCCGUGCUGCGCUUCAACGCGGCUCCGACGGAGGGCUUUGAGAAGGACGUGGGAAACAAGACCACCAUUCGCAUCAUUAACUCGCAGAUCCUGGCCAAUCCUAAGCAUCAGUUCGAAAGCAGUUCUCUGUACAAGAAUGUAACUCUGGUGGCAUGGGACCCUGCACCUUACACCAUCAACUUACACAUGUGGUACGCCAGCCCUGACUACAACCUCUUUGGGCCCUAUGUGGAGCGCCGGAGGCAGCAACCCCAGCAGCCCUUCUACGUCCUCCACCCCAGCUACGUGUGGCGACUGUGGGAUGUGAUCCAGGGCAACACGCAGGAGAGCAUCCAGCCCAAUCCGCCCUCGUCGGGCUUCAUAGGAACCCUCCUGAUGAUGGCGUUGUGCGAGCAGGUCCACGUGUACGAGUACAUCCCGUCUUUGCGGCAGACGGACCUGUGCCACUACCACGAGCACUACUACGACGCGGCGUGCACGCUGGGCGCCUACCACCCACUGCUGUUCGAGAAGAGCCUGAUCCAGCGCAUCAACACGGGGCCCGAGGCCGACCUCAAGCAGAAAGGCCGGGUCACGCUCCCGGGCCUUGGCUCCGUCAACUGUGAAGGCUGAACCCUUCCGCAUCCGCGUCCGAGGACGACCAAUACCACAAUAAUGUGCUACAAACGCCCACACACACACACACACACACACACAUGCGCACGCGCACACACACAAACACACACACACACAUCCCCCCCACCCCCACCCCUUUGGCUGACAAGGGGGAGGAGUGCAAUAAUGCCACAGGAGAUAAGGGGUUUGUCGGUGAUGGAGGGUUCGGGGGGCUAGAACACAAGGAAAUAUAUAUACAGAAGAUCAGACCCAUGAUGAACACUAAGCCAUAACCCCGUAAAGGUGGGAUCAACUUUGGGGCAUUGGGAGAAGACGUCAUCUCCGUCUCCUUAACCUGGCGUGUCAGGUGUUUUUUUGUGUUUGAAGCGACAGGCGGUUGCACCACUGUUCCAAACGGACUUCCUGCUUCAGCUGAGCCAUGUUAGCAGGGGAGCUGACGCGGGUAGCAAUAGGUCCAUGUUUUUAGGUUGUCGGUAUCUGGGUGUGAUUUGAGUAUUGUGAACUCUGUGUCGGUCGACACAUCUUUUGGGUGGUCCCUCACUUGGUCUAUCGGAGGGAGAAAGAAAAAAAUAUCACUGUAAUGUCGGUGAUUACUUUUUUUUAUAUUAGUCUACAGAGUUGUGGACAUCUUACGACUGCGGUGGUCUGCACUGAAUGUCACUCUCUCUGACACACACACGCGCGCACCUGUGCGCACGCUCAGCUCAGCUUCAUUUAGAAGCUGUACAUCAGACAUACAUGAGUGUAUAGGUCAUCAGUAUUAUUGUCUAACAGGCUGGAUGUACAUUUUACACACGACAUUCAUAUUUGUAUUUUGAGCUUUCUCCAAAAUAUCCUGUCAAGCCAGAAAGCGGUUUCAAUUUUUUUGGGAGUCAAAUAUCAGGGUUUUCUUCUUGGUAUUGUUCUCAUCAAUCAGAAUUGAAAACACAUGGCUGUGCCUGUGUUUUAAGGCACGGCCAUGUUUUAAUCGGCAUGACAUGACGACACACCCAGGCACACGCACGCCAACUGGCGACGGGAUUGUCCCUCCUAGCACUUGAAGGGCGACAUCUGAAUCGAUCCCAAACGGGUUUGUCGGAGAGGCGGUCUGAGAACCCAGUGCCUGGUUUGUCUACAGAACACAACCCUGGAGAAACAUGCAGUAUCCACCCAUUCUUAGUGCUCCUGUCGAAGCCAGCGCUGUGCACUGUGCCACACAAUACGGCGCAUAUCAGCCCGCAUUAGAAGGCCAGACGGUCUUCUUCCCAUUGAAUGUAACUAUAAACCCGACAUAAUUGUCAUAUCUGCUUGGUGAGAGCGCUGCUGAAACCGUGUCGGCGUCAACACGCGACUCACUGAACGUGUUUAGCUCUCGUGCGUCGUGCGCGACGGCACGGCCUCCGUCCCUUUCCGCCGAGUACGUACAGCCUACUCAUAUGUCCUGAAUCCCCCCCCCACGUCAAUAUUGAUUUGUUCUUUGUUCUGUGAUCCGCGUAAGCCCCCGCCCUAGCUAGAUGGCGAACCUGUGGAACUCAUGGCACAGAUAUCCACAGCAGCCGGGGUCACCGGGUCAGGGUCUUGCCGUGCGUACGCAGCGAGAGCGGUCGGAGCGCCUUUAAGCUAGCACAGAUAUAUUGGCGGAGCAGCGGCCCAGCCUAAAGUGUUUGUAAAUGUCACGGGAACGGUGUUCAUCUGUGGGCGGGAAAUAUCACCCGUAUUCCUCGAUUGAAUUUUGGUGAAGUGCAUUCUCUUCUAAAGAGGAGUCACUGUGUGCCAUAAUGGUGUGUGUGUGGUAGAUCCAAAUGUGCUCAAAAGUACGUCCUUGUUUUUGUUUUUUAACUCUAGUCCGGGUCCGCCUGGAAUAGUUAAGCUUUUGUAAAAAAAAAAUGAAUAAAAAAAAAGAUUUGUCUUUGUUUGUUGGCAAUCAUGGUGCCUAGCAUUGUUCUGUGUCAACUGGUUUUAAUACGACUAUGCUUUAGCCAUCUCCGCAGGAGGCCCCUGUUGAAAGGAGCUGGCCAGAUAUUGAAAUUGUUUUAGAUGACAAAUCUCUGGCUUGUGUUUGUGUAAAAUAAUUAUUUCAUUAAGCUUGUGGUAAUGCAAUAUGAUAUGGAGUCGGUUGACUUUUUUUCCAUUUUUGCCCCAGCUUUUCCUUAUUGGUCGUGCAAAGAAAAUCUGUGAAUUUGUUGAUUUUAUUGAACAAAAAGGUAACGGAUAACAUUUUAAAUAUAAUGUACAUAAAUCCAUUUCGUUUUUUUUAUUCUAAUCUUUGUUUUUAAACGUUCCGAUGCACAGAGCAUGUAAAUCUGAGUGUGGACUGAAAGUCUUAUACGGUGUGUGUGGGUGAUUUAUUAUUAUCCUUUUUUUCCAGGGGUUUUGCCAUUACCAGUGCAUGUGUGUGUGGAUAGGUUGGUCGCCUUUGCAGCUAUUACCUUUGCCCUGGAAGCACUCAAAGACAUGCUGUGCCCUAUAGCAGAUACGAUGCGUUUGACCAAAUGGUGCCAAAUGUAAAAUCUUUAAUAAUGCGCUACUGUGCGUUGAUGGCAGGCAAGAGGGCACUCCUUAAGGAGCUGGAGCUUCUUGUUGCGGCCGGAUUCGAUUUUGAAUUGAUUUACCCUAAAAAAAGAAAUACAUGAAAUAGAAAGCUCUGUGAGAUGUGGAUCUCCCUCUUGCUAUUGAACGAGGUACACCGUGCCUAAACCUGCCAACAAGGCCCUUUUGGGCUCGGAAGCUUGUGGAUCAGUAUUGCUCUCUCUCUUUUCAAUGGGCCUCCAUGACGUCUCCAUGUCACGUUCUGUGGCCGGUGCUGCUGGUUCCAACCCUUCCCCGCCCCGCUAACUGUUCCAGGAGGAGGAGAGGACAAGAAGCACCCGGACACAAUGCUGGUCUCAAACUCUCUUCGGCCUUUGAAAAAAAGAAAGCCACCACGACCCGUCACUGAAGCCCCCUUUCUUAAACUUGAAUGAAUAUUUAAAUAACCGACUGUUUAAAUGAUGAUCAGCUUUUCUUUUGUUUGUUUUUUACCAUUCAAAUAAAGAUGUUGUA